AGCAAAACAUAAAAUACACUAACAUUACCACGUGUAUUUUUCAGAACAACAAAAAAGCAACUAAGUGGAUGAAAGAAUGGUGAAAGUCAAUGAUCUUCCGGGAUUCCCAUCCAUGGACGGUGGAGGAAGCGGCGAAGGCAUCGAUAUUUUAAAAUCAAAGCCUUCGGCUAAAGCCAAAAAGAGCGGUGGUUUCCAAUCUAUGGGACUUAGCUAUGAUGUAGUAAAGGGAAUAACUAAACGAGGCUAUAAGGUACCUACACCCAUUCAGCGCAAAACCAUCCCCCUUAUUUUGGAGGGACGGGAUGUUGUAGCGAUGGCUAAAACGGGAUCGGGUAAAACUGCUUGUUUUCUAAUACCUCUCUUCGAACGGUUAAAAAGAAGGGAUCCCACCAAAGGAGCUAGGGCACUUAUUUUAUCACCCACCCGAGAAUUGGCCGUGCAGACGUAUAAGUUUAUAAAGGAAUUGGGCAAGUUCAUGGAUUUGAAAACAAUUUUGGUGCUGGGCGGCGACUCAAUGGACUCGCAGUUUUCGGCAAUACAUACGUGUCCCGAUGUCAUCGUAGCCACUCCGGGUCGAUUUUUGCACUUGUGUGUCGAAAUGGAUCUAAAAUUAAGUUCCGUUGAAUACAUUGUCUUUGAUGAAGCUGAUCGUCUCUUUGAAAUGGGAUUUGGCGAACAAUUAAAUGAAACAUUGCAUCGCCUACCUCAAUCUCGACAAAUGGUGUUGUUUUCUGCAACGCUGCCCAAACUGUUAGUUGAUUUUGCUAGAGCUGGUCUGAGUGAUCCUGUGCUUAUACGUUUAGAUGUGGAAUCAAAACUACCCGAAGCCCUCAGUUUGAAAUUUGUUUAUUGUCGUUCAGAUGAUCGGUACACCACACUAGUUACCCUUUUGAAGUACGUUAUUCCAGCGGGUGCCCAAACGGUAGUUUUUGCUGGGACUCAACAUCAUGUGGAACUGAUAUCUUUUAUCCUAACGGGCUGUGGCAUAUCAAACACAUCUGUGUACUCUAGCUUAGAUCCUUCUGCACGUAAAAUUAAUACUGCAAAAUUUGUCAGCAAAAAAGUGUCCGUGUUAAUAGUUACCGAUGUUGCUGCUCGUGGUAUCGAUAUACCCAGUUUGGAUUAUGUGGUGAAUUUGCACUUUCCAGGCAAACCAAAACUGUUUGUUCAUCGUGUGGGUCGUUGCGCUCGUGCUGGUCGAACAGGUACAGCGUUUUCCAUCUUCUCAGUUGAUGAUGCUGCUCAUGUGUUGGAUCUUCAUUUGUUUUUGAACCGAGAAUUCAACAUAAACGAUUCAAAGGCAAUUGGUACAGUGCCGCAAGAGCUAUUGGAGGAAGAGCAUUUGACUGUGAUGGAGAUAAAGAAGAACCAUAAUAUAAGUGGAGUGCUGCGUACUAGCGAGAAUGCGUACAAGAAGUACCUAUCAUCCAGACCAGUGGCAUCUACAGACUCAAAUGCCCGAGUGAAAAAGUUGAAAUUUUUUGCCCUUAGGCCUUUGGAGGAUUUUAUUGUUCAGUCUGCACCCAAGCUUUCAUCAAAUGGAAAAAAUAAAAAAUCAGCUGAACAAAUAGCCGAUGAGGAGCGUAAAUUGCAAGACCAGAGACAUGAUUUACUGCUGCAAAUGAAAAGUUUUAAGCCUCCCAAUACGAUAUUUGAACUGAACAACGCCCAGAAAUCGGUUCCGUAUCAGGUGAUGAAAGCAAAGCGAUCACAACAUUCGGAAGUCAUACAGAAGUAUCGCUCCAAAAUGGAAGAAUUAGAUAAGGAGGAAGAAACGAAGCAAAUCGACAAAUCCAAUACGGUGGAGAAGCCGGCGGUAGAUGUCGACGAAGAAGAAAUUCAAACUGCAUUCAAAAAAGUCGUCGCUCCAAAAAAGAGAAAAAACAUGGAUGAUUUGUACACACAAACACCGAAAAAGAAGCAAAAGAGCAGGAUUAACGCCAAAGAUUCUGAAAAUUUUAUUCCAUACCAAUCUGCCGAUAAGCACACAGAAGAUGGCUUGGCUAUCAACAACUUCGAAAGACAAGCUAUGAAAGCGGAAUUCUCUGUUAUUGAUCGUGAAACCAAUGAGGUACGUCACAAGCCUGGUAUGAAGAAAUGGGAUCGCAUAAAGAAGAAAAUGGUUGCUGUUCAGGAUCCACGAGCAAAUAAAAUACGCACGGAGUCUGGGGCCUGGAUACCGGCUUCGUUUAAAACCGGUCGUUACAGCGAUUGGAAAGAAAAGUCCAAAAUCGAGGAACAAUUGGCCAAAGAAGCCGGUAGUGACGACGACACAUUUAGACCUUUGUCUCACGAGCAGCGUUAUCCUGUAAGCAGGCAUGCCAGACACAAUGCAAAAGUUCAAGCCAAAAAGAGGGCUGGCACAGGUGCCGAUAAAGAGUUGCGUACCCCGGAACAAAUUGUUAAAUCUCGCAUGCGCCUGGAAUUCAUCAAGAAACGUAACGCAGAAAAUACUGAACGAAAAGCUGAAAAUCGUAAAAGAAGUAUGCGCAAAAGUCAAAGGCCUAAGGCUAUGGCAAAGGGAAAAGGUAAAAAGAAAUAAAUACCGUUUAGUCUUUAGGGAUUUACAUUUCGUAAAAUUGUAGAAAAUUAAAUAAAUGUCUUAUAAGGAAACUCUUUAAAAAUAAAGUGUAGAACAGAUAUUAUAAACACCGUUGAAAA